AUGGCUCCCAACAUCUUCAUCUGCCUCCGGAAUGUCAUUUGUCCUCUCUACUGGUUCGACAAAGGCACCCGGGUUGACGGCCAUCCUACCAAGGAUGAACACUGGGAAUCUCCUGUCCCAGGCACAUACCGCUACAUCCCCGAGCGAGGCUGGCACCUCAUCCGCCGCGACGGUGCAGAAGAGGAAGAAUCCGAACCUCGUCCCAUCGUCUACUGCCGCAUCGUCCAUCGCUACCUCUUCGCCUCGGACAUGGAAAAGCGCUGCCGCUACCACCGCGUCACCUUGAAAGAAGGCGAUGAGCCUUUGAAAUGCCUCUUUUUCCAACUCGACGAUGGAUUCACCUGGGUCAUUGGCUGGGACUCUCGCGGCAGAUUCAUACCGGGUCCGUACCGCAAGUGGUGCUACGACAAAGAGAAUACGACUAUGCGGCGAAUGACCCCUGACGAGGACAGCUCUGCUGCUACUUCGCCCACGACAUCACGCAACAGCAGCGUUUCUUAA